CUCUAUACUUAAAAAAGAAUGGCUAGAGGUAAUUACUCCCUAGUGACUGAAUUCAUCCUCAUAGGAUUGACUGACCAGCCAGAGCUCCAGUUGCCUCUCUUCCUCUUGUUUCUGAGUAUCUAUGUGGUCACUGUGGUUGGGAACCUGGGCAUGAUCAUAUUGAUUAGACUCAGUUCUCAUCUUCACACCCCCAUGUAUUAUUUUCUCUGCAGUUUGUCCUUCAUUGAUCUCUGUCAAUCAAUUAUCAUCACCCCCAAAAUGCUGGUGAACUUUGUGUCAGAGAAGAACACUAUCUCCUACCCUGAGUGCAUGACUCAGUUCUAUUUUUUUGCCUUUUUGGGAAUCUCUGAAUGUCACAUGUUGGCUGUCAUGGCUUAUGACCGCUAUGUUGCUAUAUGCCGUCCCCUUCUUUAUAGUCUUAUGAUGUCUUAUCAGGUGUGCUCCUUGUUGGUGAGUGGGGUGUAUGCAUUAGGCCUGGUUGAGGCCACAGUUCAUACAAUAUACUUGCUUAGAGUGCUUUUCUGUAAAGAAUAUGCUAUCAAUCAUUACUUCUGUGAUCUCGUUCCACUAUUGAAUCUCUCUUGUUCUAGUACCUAUGUCAAUGAAGUGAUAAUUCUGUCAUUUGGUACAUUUAAUAUCUUUUUCCCAAUGGCAACCAUUAUUUGCUCUUAUGUUUUUAUCAUUUCUAGCAUCUUAAAAAUUCGUUCCACUGAAGGCAGAUCAAAAGCCUUCAGCACUUGUAGCUCCCAUAUUGUAGCAGUUAGUGUCUUUUUUGGCUCCCUUGCAUUCAUGUACCUACAGCCAUCUUCAUCCAGCUCCAUGGACCAGGGGAAAGUGUCCUCUGUGUUUUACACCGUCAUUGUGCCUAUGCUAAACCCCCUCAUCUACAGUCUGAGAAAUAAGGAUGUCAAAAUUGCCUUGAACAAAGUAAUACAAAGAAGAACAUUCUAA